CAGGCUGCGGCAGGAGGGGAUCCCGUGUCCCGAGGCCACCAUCGGCUCCACCCCGUCCUGCAGCCACCCGGUGCCGGAGAUGUCGCAGCUCACCGAGGUGCACCCGGGCAAUUACCUGUUCUAUGACCUGCAGCAGACCCAGCUGGGCUCGUGCCGGCCGGAGGAGGUGGCGAUCCGUGUCCUCACCAGGGUGGUCGGGCACUACCCCCACCGCCGGCAGCUGCUGGUGGACUGUGGGUGGGCGGCCCUGAGCCUGCACGGCCGCGACCGGGGACCCCCGGGCUGUGCCGCCAUCGAGGGGCACCCCCAGCUCAGGCUGGUGGGGCUGACCCAGGAGCACGGGCAGGUGGAGGCCGUGGAUGGGGA